AUGGAAGUUAUCAACUUCUUUGAAAGAGUUGAGAACUUUUCAGGCUGCCAACAUUUAAUUGCAUUUUUCAAAAAAUUAAUUUCUCAUAUUAAAGGUCCAAAUCAUGAUAGUAGUGUAAAAGAACGUAGUCUUGAUAAUGAUUCUGCUGUCCCCGCUGUAUAUAAUGAAAUUUACGGGAAAUAUUCCAAAGAAUUAGGAGAGAUUAGAAGUAAUCACGAAACUUUUUGCAUUGAAAUGUUAUCAAUUAUGCCUAAGACCAGAGAAUACUUUUCAAAAAUCUAUAAAAUUUUAGAAUAUUCUUCCAAAGAAAAAUUAGACGCUGUAAUUAAGUAUGCAUAUGAAAACGGAUAUUGCAAAGUACUUGAUAACAGCGGAAACGAUGCAUUUCUUAAUGCAUCGAAGCAAAACAAUUUCAAAUUAUGUAAGAAGCUUCAUUUGCUUGGCUUCGAUGUAAAUUCAAGAUGUUCGUUUGGAAAUUCUGUUCUUAUUUGGUUUGCAAUAAGAAAUAAUCUAAAAGCUGUGAAAUAUUUCUCAAAUUUCAUAGAUGUCAAUGCAGUUAAUUGUACAAAAGGCUCUCCUUUAUACUAUGCUACGAGAGACGGAUAUUUGGAUAUUGUUGAGUACCUUUGCUCACUUCCAAAUAUUAAUGUCAAUAUAGUGAACGCAGAUGGGAAAACUCCACUUAGCAUUGCGAAAUCAGAUGCUAUGCGUUCAAUUUUGUUACAACAUGAUGCAAAAUUAUAA